CUAGCUCGAUGCCCGGCGUACGGUGCAGGCGUUUGGCGCCCCGUUUCUCCGCCCGCGCUGGUGCCCCGGGCUCCGCAUGUCGCGUAAGACAUAUAUGAGAAGCUGCGCGACCCCGCACUGAAAAUUAUCUACCUCACCAUGUCUGACGACCACCACGAAAAGACGCUGGACACACACGACGACCUCGGGCGCCGGCUGAGCCGCGACGUCGCCGAGCUCGACGACAAGCGCGCGCGCCUCGCCGGCCCCUCGGGCGUCGCAGGUCUCUUCAAGAACCCGCGCCUCCUCCUCAUUGCCAUGGCGACCGCGCAGGGCGGCCUCUGUUAUGGCUACCAGCAGGGCGCGUACGGCCAGUGCAUGGUCAUGCCGAGUUUCAAGAACGUGGCCGCGUUCAGCCGCAUCAUCGACGACGCGGCGUACAAGGGCUGGACUGUUGCCGUGCUCGCGCUCGGCGGCUGGGUCGGCUCGCUUAUCAACGGAUACUGCUGCGACCGCUUCUCGCGGCGCUGGUCGAUUCUCGGCGGCGCGAUUGUUUCCCUCAUCGGGGCGAUCAUCACCACGGCGGCGAUGAACGCCGAGAUGAUCUUCGCGGGCCGCUUCUUCAUCGGCCUCGCCGUCGGGUCCAUGACCACCGCCGUGCCCAUGUACAACUCGGAGAUCUCGCCCGCCGAGGUGCGCGGCACCAUGGUGGGCACCUUCCAGCUCUCCGUCACGUUCGGCAUUAUGCUGUCGUACUGGAUCGGCUUCGGGACGAACCACAUCAGCGAGACCAACUCGGUCGCAUGGCGCGUCCCGCUGGCCGUGCAGGCCGUGCCCUCGAUCCUUCUCGCCAUUUCCACGUUCUUCAUCCCUUACUCGCCGCGCUGGCUGCUCAAGCAGGGGCGCGACGAGGAGGCGCUGCAGGUCCUCUCCCGCGUGCGUGGCCGCCCUGUCGACGAUGAGGUCAUCCGCCUCGAGUUCCUCGAGAUCAAGGCCGACGCCGUGUUCGAGCAGGAGAUGGCUGCGGAGAAGUAUCCCGACUGCAUCGGCCGCCCCUUCGCCCUCCAGGUUGCCCAGGUUGCGGCCCUCUUCAAGUCGUGGCCCAUGUUCCGCCGCACUGCCAUUACCUGUCUCAUGAUGUGGUGGCAGCAGAUGAGCGGUAUCGAUGCCAUCGUCUUCUACGCGCCUACGAUCUUCCUCUCCCUCGGGUUGGGCGGCACCUCGGUCUCGCUCCUUGCCUCCGGCGUCGUCGGCAUCUCCAUGUUCAUCGCCACUUUCCCCGCCAUUCUCUACAUCGACAAGAUCGGCCGCCGCCCCCUCCUGAUCUGGGGCGGCAUUGGCAUGUCGGUCUGCCUGCUGGUGGUCGGUAUUCUGACGGGCACCCAGUCGGCCAAGUGGGCCGUCAACGAGGGCAAGGCCGCCGCGUGGACCAGCGCCGCUUUCGUGUGGUUCUACAUUUUCAACUUCGGCGCAUCGUGGGGGCCAUGCUCAUGGGUCGUCAUCUCAGAGAUCAUGCCCAUGUCGGCCCGCGCGGCGGGCACCGCCCUCGGCGCGUCCACCAACUGGAUGACCAACUUCUGCGUCUCCCUCUUCGUGCCACCCAUGCUGGAGGGCAUCGGCUUCGGCACCUAUAUCUUCUUCUUGGUCUUCAUGCUCAUGGGCGUGGCAUACGCGAUCUGGAUCCUUCCCGAGACGCGCAACGUGUCUCUCGAGGCCAUGGACCGUGUGUUCAAGUCGAGCGACGCGACGCACGACGCCGAGCGCAUGCGGACUAUUGUCGCCCGUCUCCAGAACGAGCACGGUAUUAACAGGCCCGGCAAGGUGGAGUCGGUUACUGAGUCGGUAUGAGGAAGUGUUGUGGUAGCGUAACAAGCGAUGUAUAAUACUGUUCUUU